AAACACGUCACUUACAUGCCUUAUUUUACUGUCUUGUUUCCUGCAAACUUUUUAUUUCUUUGUGUUUCUUUGUGUUUCAUUAUUAAAAGUCAGAUGUAAUAGCGAUUUUGGUUUCAUCUGUUUGGACAAGCACGUGGAAGUGUCAUGCUUCGCGACAUCGUUUAUCCAACUAUUUAUCUGAUGAUUGCUUUUGGGUUCUCAGAGCAUAUGCAGCUGCGUUUGUCAUACACAAUUACCUGUAUACACUAGCUAGCAUGUACUUGAUGAUAUGUAUGUGUGGUUGUGUAGUUGUUGUAAGCAGCAUGGUUAGGGAUGUGUUUUUCUCUCGUGCGCAUGUAUUUGCUGUAUUAGCAGUGAGUUUAGUAUUCGCUUUCAUGUUCCGCUGUUUCCACAUGUAGAAAGCGUUUAGUCAUGAAACAUAUAUCAUCUCCAACUGUUCACUCAUUUCUGCACGCGCUAUGUUAAAGGUUACAAGAAGACCCCCCACAAGGCGUAAGCGGAGCUCCGGGUGAUAACAAUAUAAUGCUCUGGAACGCCGUUAUCUUUGGACCGGAGGGAACGCCAUUCGAAGACGGCACGUUCAAGCUAACUAUGGAAUUCUCGGAAGACUACCCCAAUAAGCCACCUGUGGUGAAGUUCGCAUCAGCCAUGUUCCAUCCCAAUGUGUAUGCGGAUGGAGGUAUAUGUUUAGAUAUUCUACAGAACAGGUGGAGUCCGACGUACGAUGUCGCGGCCAUUCUCACGUCUAUUCAGUCUCUGCUGGACGAACCCAAUCCCAAUAGUCCCGCAAACGCCACGGCCGCGCAAUUGUAUUCAGAGAACAGGCGCGAGUAUGAGAAGAAGGUCAAAGCCAUAGUAGAGCACUCGUGGAUGGAGUGAGUCCACAGUAAUAAGCUGUUAUAGUUGAUUAAAAUAUUAGAUAUUGAGAAGGUGUGGGAUGCGGACAUCAAGUGUGAGCAUGUGGAAUGGGACAUAUAAAUAUGUAGAAACGAAUUAUAGUAUGUUUCCGAUGAAGCUAGUUUGGCUCUGGGCGGAGUAACUAUGAUCAACAGUUGUCGGAGUGAAAGCACGACUGCGAAAUGAUCAAGGCCGUAGCAGAGCAACGGUGCUAUACCGAGUUACCCCAUCGACUGUAUGUGUUGUAGGUAACAGUAAAAAUGCCUGCUUGCUGGGCGUCCGUUAUGCAGCGCUUCGUUCUUCGGCUUCAAAGAUACCGCAAUAACAGAGCAAGAAUAUGUACAACUGCGAAUAUCCAGCUUGCCCAAAGUAUGCUUAUGCGAGAGCUACGCACAUGUGUUGGACUAAGCAGUGGAAAUCCACUCCGCCCGUAUCGCAAUAAAAAGACUUACGUCGCAUCGAAGACGCGACCACAGAUUCGC